AUGUUUGUGUACUUCUCUGUUUCAUCAUUAAAGAUAAACCUUCAUGCUCCUGCUACCAGGAGGAAGAGGAGUGUGACAGGGAGCGAGGGAGUGACAGACAACGAGAGUGACAGAGAAUCACAGAGAGAAAGAGAGAGAGAGAGGAGAAGAGGAGUCAGGGAUGGAUCAAAGAGAGGCUGUAACAGAAGGAAGAGAGGAGGACAGAGGAGAGAGAAAGAGGAAAAAAGGAGAUUCAGUUCAAAGAAACUGCGAAAAGAAGGAAGAAUAGCACAGGGAGAGAAGAUGGAAAAAGACUUAAAAGGAGGAAAAAUGAGUGAAGAAAUGAUAGAAGAGGAAGGAGAAAACCCCAAAGUAAGGAAAUGA